CGCCAUUUUCUGCAAGGGUCGCGGAAGCUUUGACAUCACUCGCCGCUUGCGCUCUACCUCGAACAGCUACGUCUGGAGAUUCUUCUUUCUUUCCACUGACACAAGCAAGAAGCGAAGCUCGCAUUCAACACAACACACCCAACACCUCUUAACUCGCUAUCCACAAUGGCCUCCACCACCCCCAGCACCCGCUCAACAACCCUCAACCGCACAACAAACGAAACGACAAUCUCCCUCGCCCUCAACCUCGACGGCGGACCCCUGCCCUCCUCCCCCGAAGAAAACAUCACAAACGGCACCAGCACAAAACACGCAACGCAAGCCACCACCACCCAAACAAUCGCCAUCUCAACGGGGAUCGGCUUCCUAGACCACAUGCUGCACGCCCUCGCCAAGCACGCGCACUGGUCCCUCGCCCUAACCACGCACGGCGAUCUGCACAUCGACGACCACCACACCGCAGAAGACACGUGCAUAGCGCUCGGGCAAGCGUUCAAAGCCGCGCUGCGCACAACCUCGGGCCUCGCGCGCUUCGGCUACGCCUAUUGCCCGCUCGACGAAGCCCUCUCCCGCGCAGUCGUAGACCUCUCCAACCGCCCGUACUCCGUCGUCGAGCUGGGAUUGAAGAGGGAGAAGAUUGGCGAUCUGAGCUGCGAGAUGAUCCCGCAUUGUUUGCAGAGUUUUGCGCAGGGGGCGGGCGUGACGUUGCAUGUGGAUUGUUUGCGCGGGGAGAAUGAUCAUCAUCGGGCGGAGAGUGCGUUCAAGGCGGUGGCGGUUGCGUUGCGGAUGGCGUGUGCGCGGGUGGCGGGCAGGGAGGGCGAGGUGCCGAGUACGAAGGGGGUGUUGUUCUGAGGUUGAGAUACUUUUCAUGAUAACGAUGUGUGAUGGCAGAUGGAAGGCAACUCCUUGUAUUUUGCGGGAUAGUACAAGUUUCUAGCUUGAGUGAUACACGAAUACCCAGUGAUCGCAAACAG